UCGCUGACGUUAGCUAUCAUUUUCAGUAGCUUGGAGGCUCGAUGGUUUAUUUUGGAAUUUUAGCUGUUGUAUGGUCUGUGCAUUUGGAUUAAGACAGAAAAAACACAUUGAACCCAGAAAUGAGUCUUUCUUGAUUAUUAUUAGAACUCUAAAUGGUAACUUUCCAGUGACUAGAGGACACUUGAUGCCUGAUGGAGCAGCGGAUUUCCCACAACAUAACCAGCAUUCCAAAUUCUGUUAUGGUACAGCCUCUACUGGACAGUCGAAUCCCAUAUGGCAGGUUGCAACAUCCACUGACCAUUCUGCCUAUCGAACAGAUGAAGAGCACACACAUUGAAAAUGAUUACACUGAUAAUCCUGCAGUCAUGCAGCCAGCUCAUCAGAAACUUCCUAGAACCCUCCAUGAACCAGUCCUGGUCAGUCAGCAUCUGCAGAGAUGCGACCAUCAUGACAUUACCCAUCCUUGGAUAUCUUUUAGUGGGCGACCAAGUUCAAUUAGCAGCAGCAGCAGUACUUCAUCGGAUCAAAGGCUAUUGGAUCACAUGGCACCACCUCCGGUAGCUGAUCAGUCAUCACCAAGACCUGUGCAGAUGCAGCCGAAGGUAGUUAACUGCAAGCCUUUGGAUUUUAAAACACCAGCUUCAUGUGGCACGGACAAGCACUUUUUACUUUGUGAAGGGUGUGGGAAGUGCAGGUGUACAGAAUGCACCACCCCAAGGACUUUGCCCUCCUGCUGGGUAUGCAAUCAGGAGUGCUUGUGUUCAGCACAGAACCUGGUCAACUACUCUACUUGCAUGUGUCUUGUGAAAGGAAUAUUCUACCACUGCACCAAUGAGGAUGAUGAGGGAUCAUGUGCAGACCACCCGUGUUCAUGCUCCCAUUCAAACUGCUUGACCCGCUGGUCUUUCAUGGGUGCUCUCUCUUUGGUUUUGCCCUGCCUUCUUUGCUACUUGCCUGCCACUGGGUGUGUCAAACUGUCUCAGAAGUGCUAUGACAAGGCAAGUCGGCCAGGUUGUCGAUGUAAAAGUACAAACAAUACUGUCUGCAAAACCCCAGAUGGCAAAAUCUGCAGCCAAGAAAAAACAUCAUGAUUAAAAGCAAUUUCAGUGGGUGGGGUACAUGCCUUCAGCUCUUCAGCUAUUGUUUUGCUGUUCUUUACCAUCAGUGGAGGAUUUUCACAUUUGUAUUAGUUUUGUAUAGGAGUCAGAUCACAUUUCAAAGUAUAAUCCCCUUUCUAAUCAGUUCAGUAAAAGAAGCUGCCAUCAGAAUCUCACUGCACUGCGCUGCUCUCAUAUGAAGCAGAGAUGAAGUACAGUAACCUUUUUGACCUGUUCUGCCGGGCUGCAAAAAUCAGAAUUUUUUUACAGUUACUUAAACUUAAAUGAAGUACUUGUAAAAUGUGAUGGGUGCGUUGCACACAUUAAGUCACCCUUUCAACAUCUUCACUACCAUUACAAUAAGAGGCAUAGUUUGGUUUUAACUAGUUUAUUUUUUCACUCUUAGGCUGCACUUGUAAUUGGUAGAAGAGUAAAAAGGUGGAUUCUGUUUUGACAGAUUGGGACUGUACCAUUUUAUGCUAAAAUGUGACGAGGCCUCCACUGAUGGUAAAACACUUGCUCAUCUCCCUUUUCAUGAUUUCUGGGGCAGCUGCUUUCCGUGAGCAUGUUUAUUCCACUGAUGUUUCAGAUGUAGCUGUUUUUCAUAAGUAUACAAUUAGAAAGACUAAAUGCAGAAGUCUUCACUAUAGUGUCAUGGAAGUUAGCUUUCCCUACCCGCCCACUUUUUAUUGUUUUAUGUGGUUGUGUUAAGUGUGCGUUUGUUUUUUUUUUUCUUCCCUUGCUUAGUUAUGGGUCCCUGGCUGUGUAAACUAGACAAAGUCACAUUUUCCUCAUAUCAAGAUGGAAAUAUGUUUGCAGUGAUUGUGUGGAGUAACCAAUCUCUUGGUUUCCUCCUUGGUGACCUGUACAUCAGGUUUUUACUUUGUUUUGUUCUUCUUACAAUACAGUGAUCCUGCAUUUCAUUAUUACUUCAGCCAGGCUGUUACUGACUCAUAAUGCACAUUUCAAACUUCAUUCUUUAUUUAACUCUUUCCAUGGUCAAAUCCACAAAGAUGCAGGAGGGUUUUUUUUGUGUUUUUUUUUAGUUAGACCUUUUGUUAAACAUUCAGUCCAAAUGUAGUCAAAAGGGCAUCUGUCCCACCCAUCCAUUGUUCCUGACCCUGCACAAGCCAAGGCAUGUCUUACACUUAUCCUUGUUUCAACAUACACUUACACAGCUGUCUGCCAUGUUUGAAGCAGUUCUGUGCAAACAAUAACAUGCUGUCAGCAUCAACCCCUUGCUUUCAGGCUCUUGUUGCCCACUGACCUCUGGCAUGAUUUUUCUGUUUUUAUUUUCUUAUUUCUUGUUCUGAGUCAUGUAUUUAAAAAAAAAUAGCAACCACAUUUCACAUAAUGGUGGCCCGUAUUGUUAGGGCCCAAGCCUUCCUGAUUUUCAAAAGCAAUCAAAAUUUAUUUUUUCGUAUUUUGUUUUCUGCAUUUAGUUUCAAGAGGGAAAAUGCUUAUAUAAAUACUAGGGUGUAUUUUAUGAAUAAGAUAUUGUAUAAAUAUUGAAGAAAAUAAUAUUUUGGAUAGAGAGUAAGAAACAUAUUUUUAUGUUUGACAGAGUGAGUCGUGCAUGGAGAAGCAUUUUCUGUUUUUUGCUGCUGCUCAGUAUUUUUUUUCAUGUAAAAUAAAUUAUAUUUAUAUCUGUAUAAAUAUAUAUAGAGGCAUAAUGAUUAUGUGAAUGUUGGUCAGAAAUGGGAAAAGACCGAGAGCAAACUUGGAUGCUUGGCCCAUGCUUAUUACAGUCCCUAAUCUAUACCGUCAGACUAUUUAUUAUUCAAGGGUUGUGGUCCUGAGAUCAGCAUUCUUGAAACCUUUUGUUAUGGGAGAAUGGAGAUUCAGCUCACUUCCUUCUCUAAUGCCAUAAAAUAACAGGGAAAAAAGGUACUUCUGUCACGUGAAGCAUGACAUGGGGGAUAUAGCUAUACUGGUGUUCAAGCCAGAUGUAACAUCUGGCACUGUAUAUGUAAAAAAAAGGAUGAGGUCACAAUUUUGUUGCUGUUAGGAGGAUUAACGUCUAAGAUUUAUUAAUACAGAGUGUUAUUUACUGGUCUGUUUUGUGCACUUACUGAAAUAUUACCUUUUGUAGUAUAUAUCUUUAAGGAUACUUCGGUCUUUUCAGUGCGAUCCAGUACAAAAUUCAGCAACACUUGACUGCCUUGUCCUGCCUAGUAAACAUGGGGACUUGUGUUACUGGUCAUUUGCAAGUGAUUCUCAGUAUUGUUUUUAUUUUUUUUUUGUAAGUAAAUCAGAGUAAAAAUAAUUUAAUAGCAAUUCUAAGUAAUCUGAAUAUUUAUAAUGGGUUGGGAACAUUUUCCAGAGGUCACCAUAUGGGAAUAUGAGCAUAUGUACUUAGGAUUUUUUAGGAAACAGAUUUCAUAGCUUACUACAACAGUCUGGUUUGGGUUUUCUGUUUUAAUUUGCAUGAAAAAUUAUGCUGGCUAUUCAUACAGGUCAGCAACUUCAGAAAACGUUGUUGCUUUUCUUUUGCCUCUAUUCUUCUACAUGCAAAACUGUGGCUAUAACCUAUAUUCCAAAUAUUGCAAGCUGCUGUGAGUGAAGAUGGUAUAAAAAUACAUGCAGAGUUUAUAAUGUAUGCAUGCUAGUUUCCAUACAUGGUGGCUUGUCUCCAGUGUUUCGGUAAUAGCUUCAUAUGGUCUUAAAUUAGACACAAUAAGAUAAUCAUUUAUAAUCACAGACCAUGCACAUGGAUAAUUUUUGCACAAAACUGAGGCCUAUAUUCAUAAUAUCUAGCAAGCUGGCAAAACUAGGCCGGGAUGGAAGUUUAAGUUCAGCUUCAUAACUUUACCUGUCACGUGCCGUGCAUUUAAUUUAGAACAUCUAAAGGAGUGCGUGUUGCAUAUGUAAACAUAAAUGUACUUUCUUUGCUGCCAUUGAGCUGUGGUGACACGUUCUAUUGCAGUAUAUCGUCUAGUGAGUACUUAAGUGAAACUAAAGGCAGAAAAGUCCCCUGUGGGGAUUUGCUGAAAGAUCUUCUGUCUGCACACUUCCUGAACUCUGCUGAGAGGCCUGUCCAUAAACCGUAAUUAUAAAGUUUUGCAUAGUGUUUAAUUUCCUGGCUCAUUUACUCAGCUAGGCUGUUGUAUAUUCUUGGGGCAGGUGAGUGCCAAGCAGGGCACUUUUUCAUACCUCCUUGUAUAGAAUUUGGUUUUUCACUGCAUUGCUGAAGGCCUACAGUAAAAAAAAUAAAAUAAAAUGGACCAUUACAGUAACAAAAGUGGUUUCUCCCUAGUUCUAAUUUGGGAUAUUACUUUAACUGUAAUUUGUAUGGGUAAGAAAAGUCCCACUGUUGUUUAGCAGGUAUCUUAAGAAGAAGACGAAAACAAAGCAAAAAGAAAAUAUGUGUUUUUGCUGAAGAAUUAUUUUCACAAGGACUGAUCUGAAGAAGAGAAAAAAGAAAUCUGCUGGCAUUUACAUGACACUCCUCCAAAGUAAUUUUGGUGAAAAUCAGUCCGUAUCCUCUCACCAAUAAUUUAUCUUCAUCUGCUUAUUUUGGCACCUUCUAUGUUGAUGAAAUAUCAAUGUUUUGAAUAGUUAUUCCCCUGAUAUUCUACCACAAAGUUUUUUUUUCUUGUACAGAAUAUUUAUUUUGAAGUUUCUAUUUUAAUAGUAUUUAUUUUAGAAGGUUUACUGUUGUAAGAGUUAUUCUGGUUGUGAAGAAAACACAAGUAAAAUGAAUGUAUGGAGUUAGAAAUAUAUAAAUAUAAAUAUAUUGUUAAAUAUA